GCGCUUUUGAGUGUUUUUCGUUUUUGUACGAUUUUCAUUCCUAAUUCAUUUUAAAAUAGGACAUAAUUAAAACUGUGAUGAGUAUUAUAAUAAGUAGAGUUUAAUUUUAUAAAUAAGUAUAGUAGUAAGUGUUUUUAAAGCGAGACACGUGGUAAUAAUAUUGCAAUAAUGUCGACUCGAAGAGCUAGAAUAAAAGCUGUUACUUCUUUGCCACCUAGAAGAAAAAAUGCUGCAGUGGCAGAGAAUAAGUUGAAGGAGGCUCCAGAUAAAAGUACUAAAAGCCCACGUACUCCAGUGUGUGAAAAUAAGUCGCCUCGAACUAAAAAUGUAUCGGAAUCUAAAUCUUUCGAAAACAGCGCUUAUAACAUGAUAGAUAAGUUAAAUUCAUUAGAAAAACCAUCCAACUUAAGUGCUACUCCCAUAUUAGAAAGUGUAAGCAAAUCGAAUGCACCAAUAAUACCACAUACUCCGGAAAAAGUAAUCUCGACAGAAAACAAGAGAAAUUCCUCCAACGUUUUCGCAUCACCUGCAAAGAAGGAGAGUCCUAAAAAAACGUUCGCAUCACCUAUCGCCCCCUCGCCGAAAGUAAUCAAGAGUUCUGAGUUAGUGAGACCACACACACCUCUAACCAGACAACCCACUGCACAUAAAAUAAGUGAUAAUAAUGAGUUGCAGAUUGCAGAAAAGAUCAUUAGCAAAAUCAACCAUAAUACUAAGUCUAAGAAGGAUAUUGCAAGUGAUGAUUACAGUAUACCAAGUGUCCCAGAAAGUACUGAUGAUGAAGCAAUGGAUGGUAUUGUUCCACUGAAACCUGCUGCUAGUGUUCCCAAGCCUAUUGAUGUCUUGAAGAAUGAGAUAAUAUCCGAAAAUGCUGAGGUUCUUUUUGAUCCUAUCAUACCAUUGCCAUCACCAAGCAAAGUCCGUCCUAAACUGCGUCCAGUUCCGAGACUGGGACCACAUAGAAGAAAUAGUGUACAGGGUAGUGCAAGUGAAUCAGAGGAUGAAAAUCGACGUGGCCUCCUUAACUCAAAAGAUCGACAGACUCAUGAUUUGCACACAUUGCAGUCUUUACCCAAUAGAGAUGUCAGUAGAGUAAGAAAUGAUUCUGUUUGCUCAAGUGUCAGCGCAGUGGUGGUGGCCGCUCCGCCAACAGCUGCGGCGUCCCCAGUUAGAGACAAGCAACAAAUUCACAAGAUGCGUCGUCAAGAGGAAUGUCGCCGCAGGAUGGCGAUGCGCCGGCGCAGGGAAAACGCCAAACGCGAAACACUCACCAUGUAUGACCUCAUCUUCUAUAACCCAACUUCGAAUCCCCUUGUGCUCACCGACGAUGAAAUUAAACUAAAACAAGCAAAAGAAAAACAAGAAGCGGAGAGGAAGACACAAGAGAAAAAAGCAGAAGCAGAGAAACCACAGAAAUCAACGAAAAAUUCGGCAGAGCCUGCACCCGUACCGCAAAUCAAGUUAGGACCAAAAGGGGAAAUCAUUCUCGACGAACAAAGUCUGGUUAUAAAACAAACGGAAAGCGAUCGACAAGUGUCAUCGGUUGUCCACGAAGGUGCUUGGGGAUCGGGAACGGAAUAUCGGAAGUACAACUUCUGUCGGGCGGCUGGUUGGACUGCGCAGGAAACUGUUCAGUUUUACCGCGCUCUGGCUGCACUGGGGACAGACUUCACUCUGAUGGCUCAGUUAUUUCCUGAGAGGACGAGAAAGCAGCUCAAACAGAAGUUCAAAAAGGAGGAAAGGCUAAACGGCGCUCAAAUAGACAAGGCGUUACGUGCAUCCGUACAGUUCGAUGUAACUCUGCUGAAGGAGGAGUUUGCGGAGGAACGCGCGUUUGCCGCUAAGCAAGCGGAACUCGAGCGGGAAAGGAUUAACAAAGAAAAACAAGCCGAGAAAAGUCGAUUGAGAGCUGCCAAGGAGAGUCGCAUGAGGCAAAGCCGCGGAUCGAAGGCCCUGGAAGCAGCCAAGGUAUCCGCACAUGAAAACGCCAUCAACACUGACGACAUAAUAAAACAACAUACCAGCAGAAAACGACCAAAUCGAUCAACGACACCGGUCACUCCAGAUAUAUCUAAAAUAGCGAUUAAUUCAGCCUUUAAAUCCAGAGAUAUAGAGGAUAUGGCAAACAGCAGAACAAAUACACCAAGCUUGCUGAUAAAAACACCGGAGGCAAUCAACGCUUUGCAAAUACCGAAAAAUAUAGAAAAUGGAUCAUUAGUUGUGCUAACUGUUAAUGAUCCAUCGUCACCGGCCAAGAAAAUGCUACAGACUUACAUAGCAAAUGGUCCAGGAAAGUUGACUCCCGUUGAUUUACCACCAAAUAUAUUGAACUAUGUAGUUGGAUACAUGAAAAAGGGUACUCCAAAAGGAUCAAAUCUGUCUUCGUCCCCACAGCUCAUGUCUCCGAGCAGUGUUACAAGUAUUGAAAGUCAUAAUAGUGCCCCCAGUGUGUCGGUGUUGCCAAACCCGGCUAAAAGACAACGGCAUAGUUCGUACACAAUUACUCAGCUUUGAUGUAGUAUAGUCUUUUGAAUUUUGAGCGGUGAUAGCCUAGUGAUUAAAGCUUCAGCUUUCCUCAGGGAGGGAUCCAGUUCUAUCCCAUGCUAACCUCUAGCUUUUCGUAGUUAUGCGUCAAUUAAACAACACUUUAAUAGUGAAGGAAACUCUUGAGAAAAUCUGCAAUCAUGACAGUUCUCCAUAAUGUUGUCAAAGGCAUGUGAAGAUCACCAGUCCGCAUUUGGCCAGCGUGGUGAACUAAGGCCUCAACUUUCCUCAUUCUGACAAGAGACCCUCACCAUGUAGUGGCUUGGUGAUACGUUGAUGGUUAUAAUGAUUACAUUUUGAACUUUUUAGAUGAAUAUACUAAAAGGAUCUAUUUGUCAUCUCCUCAUUUGUUAUCGCCGAGCAGUGUCACAAGUAUUUUCAAUCUUGUAUGACAUGUAGCGAAUGCUUAUUUUAAUCUAAUAACAGAGACAAUGCACUGCUUGACCGAAAUAGAUAAAACAAAAAAAUACAAAAUUAAAAAAAAAACGUGUAUUGAAAGCAAUAAUAUUAUUAAUAUUUACAUCUGGUGCUAAAAGAAAUUGUAAUGCAGUACAGUUAGUAGAAGAGUAAAUAAGUUGAUGAAGUUGUUGUUU